GCACGUAUGUGAGUAGAGCUUUCUAGCAUUUUUAGAGAGUGGAACAGAGCUGUUAGCUAGUCCUGCGUUUUUCUUUGAUUUGGGGAGACGGAAAUGGAGAAUUCUGAAGAAAAGAUGGCUCAAAACCUGACUGAAGGAACAGAUGGACUUCUCUCUGUGGAGCUUCCUGCACCUCCUUCUUGGAAGAAAUUGUUAAUGCAUAGUGGAGGCAAGGUUGUGUUUAUUGCUCCCACUGGGGAAGAGAUCACUAGCAAGAGACAGUUAAGCCAGUAUCUGAAAUCACACCCUGGUAAUCCUGCACCAUCCACCUUUGAUUGGGGUACUGGUGAUACUCCAAGAAGAUCUGCAAGGAUCAGUGGAAAGGUCAAGGCCAAUCCCUCCACUCCAGAGACUGAGAUGCCCAAGAAACGACGUAGAAUGACAUCUGGAAGAAAGGAUAGCCAGCAGGAAACCGGUGAAACUGAGAGCGUGGAGAAGAAAAGUCUGGCAGCUUCAAACGAGGAGGGCGAGAAAGAAGUCAAAGAAACUCCAAAUGUUGAAUCCGCUGAACAUGAGGAUGUGGAGAAAGGAAAUUCUGAAGAUAAUAAACUGCAAGAUGGUGCUGAAAAGGAAAAUGCAUCAGAGGUUGAGGUCGAGGUCGAGAUUGGGGGAAAUGCUAAUGGAAACGACAGGACAUCCUGGGAGGCAAAUAACACUGAACAAGCUUCGAGUGCAGAAGGUAAAGGUGAAGGGAAACCGGGAUCUGGAGAAGCCCCGGAGAAAAUUGAUGCAACAGAGAAGGAGAGUUCCGCUGCAGUGGAAGAUGAAACGAAGGAAAUCCAGGAAAAUGAUAGCGAUUUGAAGUUGCAGGACGAGAAGGCCGGAAAUAGUAGGAAUGGGUUGGUCCAGGGAUUCGCAAAUACCCCACACCAUCCCUCUCCUGCACCAAUUAGCUGCUAAACAUGUUUAUCUAGAUUGUGUCCAGUCUCAUCUGCAUUGUAUUGUUCAUCCUUUAUAAUCAUCCUUUUGAUUACUGUAAUAUUAAUGAGACUAUCAGUGGUAGGCUUCGUUGUUACUUAUUAGGAUAUUAACUUCAUAGGACUUUCUAUGUUUCUGUCAUAGCCAGCUAUGUGAACUUAUGUGUUUGUGGUAUAUAUACUGACUUGCAAUAAUUGCGCAUGUUUGUGUUGAAGAAUUGGCUUUGUUCA